UUGCCCGCGGCUCCUGUUUUUAGCCUGCCCCGGUCCCCCCACCGCGGGUGGCCGACUAGGUCCCAGUUUCCACUGCAGCACCGGGAGAAGCGCUGGCCAUGACGGACAGCCCGAUCCCGGCCCCGGCCCCGGCCGCCAAGCCCAAACGGGCGAGGGCACCUCGGAAGCCGGCGUCCCACCCUACCUACUCGGAGAUGAUCGCGGCAGCCAUCCGGGCCGAGAAGAGCCGCGGCGGCUCCUCCCGGCAGUCCAUCCAGAAGUACGUGAAGAGCCACUACAAGGUGGGCCAGCACGCCGACCUCCAGAUCAAGCUCUCCAUCCGGCGCCUGCUCGCCGCCGGCAUCCUCAAGCAGACCAAAGGGGUCGGGGCCUCUGGCUCCUUCCGUCUGGCCAAGGGAGACAAGGCCAAGAGGUCCCCGGCAGGGAGGAAGAAGAAGAAGAAGGCUGCCAGAAAGUCCACGUCGCCCAGGAAGGCGGCGAGGCUCAGGAAAGCCACGUCACCGGCAAAGAAGCCCAAAGCCGCCGCCAGGAAAGCCAGGAAGAAGUCGAAGGCCAGUCCCAAGAAAGCCAAGAAGCCAAAGACUGUUAAGGCCAAGUCGCUGAAGACAUCCAAGCCCAAGAAGGCAAAGCGGUCGAAACCCAGAGCCAAAUCCGGCGCCCGGAAAUCACCCAAAAAGAAGUGA